AUGAAAGCUGCCCCGGAUAAUGCGGACAUGAAAGCUGCCCCGGAUAAUGCGGACAUGAAAGCUGCCCCGGAUAAUGCGGACGUCAAAGCUGCCCCGGAUAAUGCAGACGUCAAAGCUGCCGCGGAAGGAGAAGACCCAUUAGGCAAGAAACAAAAGGGAAAAGACAAAAGGGAGCGAUCAAAUAAGGGGGUCAGCGAAGUUAAGAGCUCCGAGUCAGGGAAAAUGAGCCCACAUGGAGAGGCAUAUGAGAAGAAUGGGAAAACGUGUAUGAGCAAUGACAACUACGAGGUUGGCGGGAGGCAGGCAGGAGCAGAAGGAGAGGAAACAAAACUAGAGAAAGCAGAAGUAGAAGCAGAAGAAGAAAAGAGACUCGAACUAAUCAUUAAUAAUUUUAUGCAUAGAAAGCAAAUCUGUUUUUCAAUGAAUGAUAUUUUUUACCCCUUCACUAAUCGGAACCUCAACAUGCCUAGGAAGAAGCAGCAAAACAAGAAGUCGGCAAAGAAUAGAUUAUUUGAGCGUUCUAAUAAUAGGUUUUCUAGAAUUCUAGGACAUGUCGACCUUCUCGACCCCCGAGAUAGUGCACCGUCUAGGAGGUACCUUAAAAGUAAAGUAAUUUACGGGAAAUUGAAGAAAGGAUUAAAUCUUUUACUUAGACAUGAAAAGAAGAAGAAGAAAAGGAAGUACACGCGACAUGGGACAGGUGGUAAGGUCGAUGAUGUCGUGUUGGUACCCCCGAUUGGUCAGGGGAUCGAAGGUAGUCGCAGCAAUGUGGGGGGAAACACCGGGAACAUCAGCAAUGGGGACGUCAACAAUGGGAACGUCAACAAUAGGGACGUCAACAAUGGGAACGUCAACGCGAGUGCUUGCGCUCCUCCUGUCGCAAGGGCCAAUGGAAGGGCUGUCGGAAGGAAGAGAGGCAACAAAGGUGCCGCGCAUACUGCCAAUCAGAAUGAAGACAGUUUGAGUGUAACUUGCCCGACAACAGAAAGCCACGCGAAUUCUCCCAUCAAAAGUGCGAAGGAGAAAUCCGGGCGAGGAAGGAAUGUCGGAGAGAAGAAAGGGGUCAAGGCGAAUAAUGCACUCGUAGGGGUAAAUCCCAGCGAGGGGGGCAGCGGCGCCAUGCAAAUGCACGAGACGCAGUGUGGCGUCCCCCUCCAGAUGGGCGACCCCCGCCUCGACCUGCACGAGAUGGGAGCGAUGGGAACGAUGGGUGCUAUGGGAACUGUGGGGGCCGUGGGAGCGGUGAAAGCAGUCCGGGGCGGUAAAAAUCAGGCCAAACCGAGCCCAAGGAAGCACACAUCACAGGGGAGAAGCAAGCAGAAAGAUUCAGGCAGCACUUACGAUGGCCUUUUUAAUAGCGGUGGACAAAUGAGGGGGGUGAAGGCGAAAGGGAAGGAGGGCCACAGCAAGAUGGACAUGAUGGAUCCAGCCCUGCCUAGCUACAACGUCGGCGGGGAAGUGGGCGGUCAGAUAAGUGGCCAUAUAAGCGGUCAGAUGGGUAGCAAUUUUAACACACAACUGAGCAGUCACAUGGGAAGUCACGUUGGAAGCCAUGUAGGAAGUAACGUGGGAAGCAAUUGGGGCAGCCAUGUGGGAAGCCAUAUUGGAAGCCAUGUAGGAAGUAACGUGGGAAGCAAUUGGGGCAGCCAUGUGGGAAGCCAGAUGAGUACCCCCCUUCGAUACGACCACCCGGCCUACAACCCCCCAGGUGGAGCAUCCCCAGCAACCCCCCCCAACAAAGGCCUUAGCAAGAAGGAGAAAACGAGCCCGAGAAAGAAGGUACACAAAAUGAACAACAUGCCGAAGGAGGCUCCAUUUUAUAACGCGUCCCCUUCUACGACAUCGGCUGCAUCAAUUUCCGGUGGAGGAGGUUUAUACCCGUACAGCAGCUUCCACGCUGGUAGUAACGUGGACAAACCGAGUGGAAUGAUGCCCCUUCCCCAUGGACCAGGUAACAACAGCACCAGUGUGUAUAGAAUGAACAACACAGAAGAACAAAGGCAUACACAGCAAGCUCACACAAUAAACCCCUACAUUAAGAAUGAAAUGAUGAAUAACAUAGACCGUGCAAACAAUAGCUACAUGUUUCGAAGUACCAAUGAGCAGGCACAGCUCAGUGGACCAGUUCCUGUCGAUAUGAAUCACCACGCAGAUGGAAAAUUGUUUGGAGAAAGACAACCAGGUGAAGACAACUUUAGAGGCACUGUGAUGAAGUCGAGGAAGGCGGAGAAGUUUGACGGGGGAAAUGAUAGCCAUUUCAGUGGAGCCCCCCGAGGUAGAGUUAGAAAAAACGUAGAGAGUGGAAAGAAGGUCAGCAGUGUGAAGGGACGCCACAGUGCUGGAGAUAAACGGAAGGGCGCUGCGAAUCAAAUGGGGACAGAUGCGAAACUGGCAGAGAAGGAGACGGAGGAUGGAGAACGUAGAAGGUAUGACAUCGGCAGGGUUGAACAAGGCGGGGAGGAUAAAGAUAAGGAUGGCCGUGAUCCAGGGGAAGGUAGCAUCUCCGUUGGACAUUGCUAUGAUGAGAGCAAGGGCAACUAUCACAACAGAGGGGGAACCGACGACGACAACAAUAAUGACGGAAACACGUCGUGCGGGGGUGGAGGAGGAGGAAUGGGGGGCGGCUACCUCACAGGGAGCAGUCACAACGUAGGUAAUGAUAACUCCGGCGGAAGAAGAGGCAGUGUGCCGGGAGAGAACCGCUACAGGGGACAGCAGCAGGGGCGACAGGAGGAGCGAAAGAAUCGACUGGACCAACGAGAUGAUGGGGUCAUUUGCCCGAUUGAGAGUGGACCCAUUGGUGUAGUAGGAUGUGGCUUAAUUAACAGCGUGGGAAGUACCCCGGUGAGCCACCCCGCGGAGCACGCGAGGACGGGCGACACCCUGUUGCACACGAGUCUGAAGCACCAAGUAUUGGAUGGGAAGACAAGAGCAGAUAAAAUGGUGAGUGAAAUGAUGGAUAACGAAGGGACCAACAUAAGGUGCACCAUCGUUGGAAAUGUUACCUGCAUUGAUAGUGUGGUAGUAGGUCCUAGUGACGACGCGAUGAAAGGGAAGGAACUUCAUGGCAACCACUCCAGGGGGAAGGCCAGCAACGAUGUCAGUGCAGUGGGCAAAGGAACGAUCAUCACGAAGAAGCAGAAUCGGAGCGGUACAUCUAAAGAGGGGAACUUCGCACCAGUUAAAGAUAGGAUGAAGGAGCAGGUUGGAAGCAGCAAUAGUAAAAGGAGCUGCGAAGUGAGCAUGUCCUAUGCAUCAAUAUCCGAGGGGCAGAAUGGAGAUGGUACAGGUAAUGCCAUCUUUAAUUCCCCCAGGAAUGAAGAUAUACGUUGUGGUAGCGGUGUCGGAGGGGGGAACGCAAUCGAUGCGGGGCAAGCGAAGAAGAUGACAUGUCUGCACGUGAAGGGUGAGCAGAUGCAGACGACGGAGCAGAUGCAGACGACGGAGAAGAUGCAGACGACGGAGCAGAUGCAGACAACGGAGCAGAUGAAGACGAUGGAGAAAUUGAACCAAGACGAUGCAAAGGAUGAGACUCGGGGAUUUACGAAGGAGGUCGCCGAAAACGGUGGACUCAGCAAGCACAGCCAUAGUUGCAACAGCAGUAGCCGUGGAAGUAGCAAAGACGGAGGGGAAAACAAAAUAAGAAUUCACAGAGGAGGAAGUACCAAUCUGGUGAGUGAGGAUGCAUCAACAGAGGGUUGCAGCAACAUCAUGCAGAUGAGACAAAUGGCAGAUGCAGGAUUAAAUGGGAAAGGAACGAACCAGCUUAAUUAUAUCUCGGAGCAACCCUACUUGGAAGGCGUUAACCUAAGCGCAGCUACCUCAUUCGAUCUGCACAAAGAGGAGAAUCAUACGGGAGCUGUCAGCGGGGGGUACCAUCACGAAGGAAUGAGCAAGCCUGUUAGGAUGAGUGACAACCAGGAGAUAAGCCCAUUUGGUGAUUCGCCCCCCAGUAGUGAAGAAGGAAGAAAAUUCAAAUCGGUGAACCAUAGUACACCUCUAAAUCACCGCGAUGUUGUGAGUAACGGUUACACUGGAACGCAGGAUGGAGCAGUUGACUUGGGGAAGAUAAACAUAGAGGCUGACAGUGGUGGCCCCAUAGAUAAUUGCACCUUCCGAUUAGGGACGUCCCAUUCGAAGGGUAAUUAUGAUGCAAGUGAAUCCUCCGCUUUGAAGAUGAAAAAGGAUAAUCUGGCACGAUAUGUGGAGGACAGGGGAGUGAACAAUCUGGGCAGCUUCCCGAUCCAGGCGAUUGAAGGUGUAGGCAGCUACAAGGAGGAAGUGUUGUUUGGAUGUAGGGGUGGGGACGCGCAUGGUGGAAGUGGCGUAGGCAUAUGCAUUGCUUCUGGAAGCAGUGAGAAUCGUCUCCCCCCUGUGAUAGUGCAGCAAUGCGGCAUGAAAAGGAAGGCCCCGUCUCUUUCGAAGACCUUGCAGGGAGGCAAAAAAGUGAAGGGGGGGUUAGCACUGGGCCUCCCAGGUGGUAGCGCUAGCAGAAGCAAUGAUGGCAUCAGUGGCAGCAGAAAUGGUGGGAGCAAUGCCGCCAGCAGUGACGAUAGGACUGAGGGGCACACUUUGAUGCAGAGCUUCGUGCCGAGUUGUGCGCCAAGCCGUGUGCAGAGCCAUUCGAUGAGUCGAUUGGCAAAUCGGCCGGGGAACCCACUCCUCCCUCCGAGUCACCUGCAUAGCGAAGCACAGCAGCCCUUCCCCUUGGCGAACGAUGGAUAUGUAGUCGCAAGGAACACAGUGAGCAUGGCCCCCAAAGGGAUGCCUAGCAUAGCAGAACCCGUUCCACUCCUAAACGGAAGGAAGGCUCAAAGGGAGAUACUACCAAAACAAACAAAAGUGGAGUUAUUCGACGGAGUGGAAGUGAAUCACGAUAAGAACAGUAACACGCAGAAGGUGGAACCUAAGUGGCCCCCAGUAAGUAACAGCAGUUUCAGUUUUGAGCAAAAUGGUGAUUAUGAGAGAAGGGGACUUGUCGGACAAUUUUCCCAUAAAGAUGAUUGCACAGAAAAGGCGAAUGGGGUGGAGAAAGCCAAGAGUAGCACAUUGGGGAAGGGGGUACUGAGGAGUGAAGUGAGGCAUGUGUAUGGAAAGCUUGGAAGGACAGUGUCUGAUGCGAAUGUGCAUUCGAUUCGGUCGGUUAGUUACGCGAUGAAUGGAGAGAGUGAGGGGAGAAGAAUAAACGUGGGAAGGGUACUCCAGAGGGUCGUGGAGGAUGGAAGAAAGGAUGGUAGUAACAGCGGCGACAUCGGCAACAUCGGCCACAGCAGCGGUAGCAACUCUGGUAGCAGUGGCAGUGGCGACAGUAGGAGCUACUCCGUGUUGAGAAGCCGAAAGGAAGGAGAAAAAAAUCGCCAGGGAGGCACCCAAGAAUGUGCCAAGGUGCGCCCGCUACCCACAGAGGGGAAGCAGUUCAUUCUGGGCAGUCACCACAUUUGUGGUAGUGGCAGUAACAGGGGAGGUGACCACAUGGGCGUAGCUAGCCGCAUGGGCGUUGCUGGCCCCAUGUCGGGAGAUUGGGGGGGAAGCCGCCCCUUUAGUAGAGACCCGAGCGGUAGUCGUGUCGUGGCGAAGGUGAAUGGAGGUGUGCAGGAUUAUCAAAAUGGACACAUAGGCGAGGGAAGAGAUGAAUAUAAAAUGGAUCACUUCGGUAUGGAGACGCCCGGAAAGCUCUGCGUAGCGAAGGACCUACAGCAGGAGAACUUAGAAGGAGUGAAGUUUCCCAGCGAAGCCGUGAUGUAUGCCCCUCCACAGGCACACAGAGACUUAUACAAUAACAAGAUCCAAAAUGAGAUUAGCAACGAGAAGAGUAGCAGUGUGAUGAUGAGCAGUAAUGGGGUUGACCCCAUUUUGGCGAAUGGCCUUGGGGACAACUCGAACCUCGUCAGUAGUAUGAAUAAUAUUGCGGCGAGGCCGCUGGAGGGGAAAUCGCAGGAGGGAAUGUCUUUUGUAGGCACAUCCCUCGUGGGCACCCCAGUGGAUGACUUGCAAAGAGGAGUCAGCAAUGGCGCGGCAAGGAAUGUACCGAGCAUGUGGGACAAAGGUACCAUCCCCUCCAACGUGCCCAUAACCGAUCUUAAGAUAACGAACAAGAUGGAGUUCCUUGUCAAACAAAUUUCGAAUUCAACUACCAUGAAGGAUGAACAGAAUGGAGUCAAAUUAAAAAUCUCGAAAAAGAAAAAGAGAAAACCAAAAGUCUCACUCCUACAGCACGACACAAGUGACCUGAAGGAGCAGGUUGUGUCUGAUAAGACCAUCGAUGAUGAGUUCCCUUUAUGUGACCAGGGAGAAGAAAACCCAAAUGAAGAGACCAAAUCCAAGCCCAAGCGGUGUAGGAGGUCUCGAGGCGCGAAGGAUGGAGACGACCAAGUUGUCACCGGUGCUUAUGACGAGAACGGAGAGAAGGUCUCAGGGGUGUGGUACGACACCAACAGGAGACUCUGGCGAGUCAUGUACAUGGAAAACGACAAGCGGAAGACGAGGGGCUUCUCCCCACGCAUUUAUGGGUUCAACCUCGCACGAGAGAUGGCCGUGAAGCUCAAAUAUGAGAUGAUGGAAAAAAACAAGAAGUGA